AUGGCAUCCUCCUCUCUUAUUCUGCCCCAGGAGCUCUGGUGGCUCGUCUGCCAGGAGCUCGUAGCUCGGCGAGACUUCAACAGCCUUUUCAACUGUGCUCUGGUAUCUAAGGACUUCGCUGCUCAUGCCCUUCCCCUUCUCUACAGCAUUCACGAGCUUUCAAGUGCGAGCAUGGGCGAGUCCACUACUGCAGAUAAAGUAAAAUGGGCAAAGAUGUGGCGGGCCAUCAUCCUCUCAAGCACCGCUGAGACAGCAUACCCGUAUUGUUUAUGGAUCAAAGCCCUAAGACUAGGCGAUCUUGACACAUUACUGCAAGAUGUGGCACCGUACCCGGUUUUCAGGACACCUUUCUUUGCGGGAGCAAUGGAAUCUUUUGAAUUAGUGAGUAAGACUUCUAAGACUCGUCGCGGCCAACCGAUCCUUGAGAUGCAAAAGAUCGUGGAGAAGAUCGGAGACACGAUCACCGAAUUUGUCAAGGAUGCAGCAGACAGGGAGAACAAGUCAGUUGCUCUGACUAGUCUGGAGGGGCUAUUUAUUCCGACGCCUUUACUGUCGCUAUGGACCUCCCGCCUGGCAACUUUGUCCUCUUUGACACUUCGUGAUGGCUCCGUCUUGACCGGUGAAGUAGCUGAGGCAAUUCACGUCAGCUGUCCAGCCUUCAAAGAGCUUGUCUGCUUCAACAUACUUGGAUCCACAGUCGACGAGGACUUGGCGGCCUUCAUCCUGGGCUUGCGACCAAAUAGCCUGGAGACUUUCAGUGUCCUCAGCACAAACCAAAUCGGCCAAGAGUCACUCGGAGCCCUACAAUAUCACUCAUCUUCUCUCCGGGAAUUAGGAUUGUCUAAUAUCCAGAAGGAGGCCUUCCCACAUCUUAAUGCAUUGAGCCCAUGCGAUUCGCUCGAGUGGCUACAUCUUGAAUCAAGCAGAGAUGGAAUGACGAGUAAGUGGGCUACGGAGUCCAAGGAUACAUUUCUUGAAGUUGCCUCGUGGCUUAAGAGCUGCAGCAAGCUUUGUCGGCUAGAGAUGUUCCGUGUGCCUGGAGCAGGUACGCUUCUUGCUGAUGUACUGAAAUCUCCUGAGCUGCGGCUCAAGUCAUUGGAACUCAGCCUGUUGGAUGAUGAUGAAGCAUUCUACCCAGCUUUAGGUAAUCAGAUCGGUCUAGAGCGAUUCUCUUUUGUGUCGACGGAUGAAUUCCUCCAGACAGCAACCCCUAGGCACUUCGCCUUCUUGAAUUCUGUCUGCAACUGUCGUAAUUUGCGCGAGCUUGACCUCAUGCAAUUUUCAAUGUCACUUGCCGACCUCGUCCAAGUCAAGGAUACCCUCUCCAAGCUCGAGGAAUUCAGUUUUGACGGGGAGAUGCUCUCCGAUGAGAUCUGGAAAGCUCUUAAGCAACUACCUGCACUGAAAACGCUCAAUAUCAAUGGGCUCUCCGCAUUCUCUUUUGAAGGAAUACUCUCUUUCAUCCAGUUCCUACAGAGCAGUCCAGCGCACAGAGGGUUCCGGCUCUACAUCAUGAACCAAAUCGGCGAGGCAAAACUCUCCGAUGAUGAGGAAGUGCUUCUCGGCGGUCAGAUGGCCGCGGCCGCCGGUCCAGAUGGCAGGCUCGAUCUGACUUAUUUCCGAGAUCCAGAUGAGGAGAUGUCAGAAGAGCUAUCUGAUUAG